GGGUAGAAGUGAAACUUAAAACAGGGCACAUCAACAGAGUGCUACUUUAAGGCGCCUUGUUUUGUUUUAUCUGGUUCCUUAUCUAAACAAUAGUGGAUUUAUUGCUGUGAUAAUCCUUUGAGCAAAAGUAUUCUCACAGGGUAGAAAGAUCAAAUGACUCCUGAACAACAAAGUGGAAUGAUUGAACAACAUAGAGCUUCAGUCAAUGAGAAGCAUUGGAGCCCUCAGGUGUCUCCGUACAAUACAACUUUUAAGAGGCCUGAGGACAAAGACUGAAUGGUUUGCAAUUCUAUAGGCAACCGACAUGGAGGAUAUUCGACGAUCAAAACUCAAUCUUGUUGCAUGUUUAACCCAUGAUCCAGAUUUUAUUCUGCAAGUUGUGCAAGAGAAUAUGCUAAUUGCUCAGCGAGAGUAUCAAAAGCUGAAGGCAGAGAAUGAUCCUGAGAAAAGAAUCAUAAAUCUUCUUGAUAUUGUAAUUGGAAAAGGCAAUUCAUCCUGUGAGUCAUUCAUCCGUGCUCUGCAGAAAGAUAACGUUAAGGAGACUUACCCAAAUCUAAUAGAAUGGCUUUCAAGUAGAGAGCAAGUUCCUUCAGGUGCUGAUCUCAGCGGUCGACAGAUCAUUUCUGCUAAUGUUCAUGUUAGUGGAGGUUCCUUUAUGGUGUGUCCCAUAAUCCAAACUCAUCACAUCUCAAGUACCUCAAGUGUCAGCAUGCCUGUAAAUUUCAACUCACCCAGGAAUAACAAGAGUGUGGGAAACAAUCUGCCUUUAGGUUCCACAAAGGAAAUAAGUGUCAAAGAGUUAGAGGACAGAGUGACAGACAAGAAAUCAUUUCUGAUACACAACUGGUCAAAUCUCGUUCAGAAAGUGAAAAAUGUUGAUGAACUUGCAGACCGAAUGAUGGGGAACGGCCUCACCAACGAAAUGUAUUCCAAAAUCAUGGCCUGUAAAACACCUGAAGAGAAGAUGAGAAAACUUCUACAAUACUCAACAACAACUGACGUAGCUUCAGGUCAUCUGUUUAUAGCACUGUGCACCUUGCAUAAUUAUAUCAUACAAGAGCUUACUCAAAAAGGUUAACAUCUUCUUCUAUCUGAAGUUAUUGUAUUUUUACGUAGCUGAAUGUUGUGGCUUAUUUUUAACCAUGACUGAUUCCUAGAUUACAAAGAACGCUUUAAUAAAGUUCAGUUUUCCAGCCCCAA